AUGGAUAAAGAUCAGUGUUUGAAAUUAAUAUCUCUCUAUGGUGUAAACACCUGGCUAUGGAAUGCAAGUGAUCCUAAUUAUACAAAUAGAGGGCUUAGAGAAGAUGCCUGGUUAAAUAUUAGCCGCGAGAUGAAUAUCCCCAUUCCUGAUUUAAAAAAGAAGAUGGAGUCGUUGAUGGGAUCCUACCGGCGGGAAAAAUCACGAGAAAAGAAAAGUCGUUUGACAGGAUCAGGUCGUGAUGACGUUUAUAAAUCCAGCUGGUUUGCAUAUAAUGCCUUUGCAUUUAUGUCUGAUAGGAACGAGCCAGGUACCACGCGGGAUACUAUGGAAAAUAAUGAAACCGAUACUAACGAUGAAACAGUAAGCGCAACUCAACUCGCUCAAGACCCUUCACCUGACAACGACAAUAUUCAAGUUAUGGAAAAUCAGCAACAACAAGAUGACACCAAUAACACACAAUUUAGAGUUGGAACGCAAGACCAGAGAUCCAGAAAACGAAGCAAAAAAAGACCUGCGAAAGACACAGACGAUUUAUCGGACGAAACUCUUUCCGAAGCUUUCAGGAUUCUCCAGCAGUGCGCAGAACCACAGCCAGCCCCACAGCCGCCUUGUGACUCGUAUUCGGCAUUUGGACAAUACAUAGCCAACGAAUUGAGAAACUAUGAUCCAGUAACUCUGGCGCAUGUAAAAAAAGAUAUAUGCGCAAUAAUAUUUCAAGCCAACACAGGAGCUUAUCAACAAUAUGGCUAUUAUACACAGAACUAUGCUAGGUCUAUGCAACAUCCUAGCAGUCAUGCUUCAUCUUACACCGAUCCGAUGUCUCCCUCACCACUACCUCCUCAACCAGCAAUUACCUCCUUUCCGAUGACUUCUCCAAUUCAAUCAGAGAUUCCACUUCCCCCUUCCCCUCCAAUGACUUCUCAAAAUCCAUCAGAGAUUCCUCCUCCCCCUUCCCCUCCAAUGACUUCUCAAAAUCCAUCAGAGAUUCCUCCUCCCCCUUCCCCUCCAAUGACUUCUCAAAAUCCAUCAGAGAUUCCUCCUCCCCCUCUGCCUCCUAAAUAUACUAAAACAUAAUGCGAGCGACACGUUGAAAUUGAUUUCACUUUUC